AACACAACACAAAAAAAGCAACAACAGUGACAAUUUUUUGCUUUUAAAGAAACGAUAAACGCUUCCAUGUGACUCUGGACUAAAGCGACGCCCAGUUGAUUUUUCCAUGCAACUCCGUUUCAAAACUUAUGCUACAUUUAUUGUGGGAUCCAUAUUACUAACCAUGGAUAAUCUCAUACUAUAAUUUACACGCUAAUAACCAUCUAUCACCAUGUGUUAGUCUAUAUAAUAAAGAUUAAGCUUCAACCCUAAAUCACAAACUCCACUCAAAACACAAAUAAACGAGAGAGAGAGAUGGCUACUUCGUACCAAGAAUCUUCAUCAUUGCUUCUUCAAGAUCUCAAAGUGACGAUCAAAGAAGCAUCACUCAUUUUCCCAUCUCAAGAAACCUUAACUCAUGAGAGAAAAUCUAUGUUUUUGUCAAAUGUCGACCAAGUUCUCAACUUUGAUGUCCAAACGGUUCAUUUCUUCCGACCAAACGAAGAUUUUCCUCCGGAGAUUGUGUCGGAGAUGCUGAGAAAGGCGUUGGUGAGAGCAAUGGACGUUUACGAGUUUUUGGCAGGGAGACUUCGGGUGAACCCUAGCUCUGUUCGGCUUGAUGUUGACUGUAACGGUGCAGGAGCUGGGUUUGUAACGGCAGCGAGUGAGUACACUUUGGAGGAGCUUGGAGAUUUGGUUUAUCCAAAUCCAGCUUUUGCUAAAUUGGUUACAAGUCAGCUUCAAAGUGUGCCUAAAGAUGACCAACCACUGUUUGCUUUUCAGGUGACAUCAUUCAAGUGCGGUGGAUUUGCAAUAGGAAUCUCAACAAACCAUACAACGUUCGACGGACUUAGUUUCAAAACAUUUCUCGACAACUUAGCCUCCCUUCUAAGCGAGAAGCCCUUGUCAACCCCUCCAUGCAACGACCGUACUCUUCUCAAAGCUCGUUCUCCACCACGUGUCACAUUCCCACACCACGAGCUUGUCAAGAUCCAAGACUCCGAGACAACAACAACCGUCUUCGAAGCCACUUCAGAGCACUUAGACUUCAACAUCUUCAAGCUAUCAUCUCAACAAAUCCUGAGACUGAAGGAGAAGGCCUCAGAGAGUAUCAGUAGUACUGGUUGUGUUCGUGCGACCGGUUUCAACGUCGUAACCGCUUUGGUUUGGAGGUGCAAGGCACUCUCUUAUGUAAAAGAAGAGGAUCUUGAAAAAGAAUCAACGAUUCUUUACGCGGUGGACAUCAGAGGGAGGCUGAAUCCUCAGCUCCCCUCUUCGUACACUGGAAACGCGGUUUUAACCGCGUACGCGAAGGCUAAACGAAAGGCAUUGCUCGAAGAGCCGUUUGGGAGGAUAGUGGAAAUGGUGGGAGAAGGUGCGAAUCAGAUCACAGAUGAAUACGCGAGAUCAGCUAUAGAUUGGGGAGAGAUGUACAAAGGGUUCCCACAUGGGGAGGUUUUGGUUUCUUCUUGGUGGAAACUAGGUUUUGCGGAGGUUGAGUAUCCAUGGGGAAAGCCUAAGUAUUGCUGUCCCGUUGUGUAUCAUCGGAAAGACAUAGUUUUGCUGUUUCCAGACAUUGAUGGAGAUAGUAAAGGUGUUUAUGUCUUGGCUGCUUUGCCUUCUAAGGAGAUGGCUAAGUUUCAGAAUUGGUUUGAAGACACCCUUUCCUGAUUUCAGAAUUUUACUUCAUUACUUCGGUACCUCUUUAUCAAAAAAAAACAAAAGAAAAAAAUCAGUAUGGUUUGAAGUUGAAUUUGGUUUUCAUAUAAAAGAUCAAGCUAAAAAGUAUUAAAAAUAAUUAUUUAUUAAAAACUAUUUCGCUUAGUAUACUAUUUUUUGCAUUCAAUAAAUUUUUAAUAUAUAUACAUGAAAUAAAAAUCAUAAUGAAUUUCAGUUUAUUUUGUUUGGUUGUAAAAUUGGCCUUGUUGGGUUUUCUAUGCGAUACGAUUAUACUGCUAGAUAUGGUAUUUGAUUACUGUUUGAAAAUAGUACUUUACACGGUCCCAUAUAUUGUUUUUUGUUACUUAAAGAUAGUAUACAAAACGUUGUAAUGAACAAAAAGGAUACUGUAAUGAAAACAAAUACAUAAGAUUUUAUAGUUGUAAAGGCUA